AUAUUUGUACAUAUGACAAAUAAAAUGCAUGAGAUACAGAAGAAAAACAUGACAACUUCAAUACUUAAUCAAUGAAUUUAAGUUUUUCACGUGAAUGGAAAUGGCAGCUAGAUUUAUCUAUGUUUUCUUGGCUCUGACAACGUUUGCUACACUGCAGACUGCAAGAUACGAUGAUUAUCAGGUACUGCAGGUGACACCUAUGUCACUAGAAAAUAAGAAAGAAGUGCUGCAGAUUAUUCAAAGACACGACGUUAGUAUAUGGCACAGACAAAGAAAUGGUAAAUCCAUAGACAUACAGGUGUCUCCAAACAUAAUAGAUGUUGUUACUCGAGAGUUACAUGAUGUUAACGCGCCAUAUUCUAGAUGGAUACCAAAUAUCCAGUUAUUGAUAGAUGAGCAACAGAUUGAAGAGUAUGAAAAAGCAGAUGGCUUCAAAGAUCCCGGACAAACGUUUUCUCUUUCACGAUACAACACAUUUGAAGAGAUAUCUGCAUUCAUACACAGCCUGACAAGAACAAAAUUCACUGGACCAUCAGGAGAUGAUAUAUUGGUAGAUCACAAAGUUAUUGGUAAAACAUAUGAGGAAAACCCUAUUCAUCUCAUUAAGAUAUCCAAACUAGGUUCACCGAAAAAAGCCAUAUUUUUGGAAAGCGGUAUUCAUGCCCGUGAAUGGAUUGCUCCAGCAGUUGCACUAUAUAUUAUCAAUCAGCUUGCAUACAACCCAAGCAGAUCUACAGCUGUUGAACAACUGGUUGAUGACUUUGACUGGUACAUUAUUCCAGUUCUUAACCCAGACGGCUACGUUUAUACUCAUAACAAAGAUAGACUUUGGAGGAAGAACAGACGACGGCCUUUAUUUGGAGAUAAUUUGACAGACAUCUGUCAUGGAGUUGAUCUAAACAGAAACUUCGAUUAUAAAUGGGGAGAAGGUACCUCAACAGAAGAUCCAUGUACAGAAACGUAUUCUGGACCCAGUCCCUUUUCUGAACCAGAAACCUUAGCUGUGAGAAAGCUCUUGAUGAACAGAAACAUCGAUUUCCUGUUAUAUAUAUCCUUGCAUUCCUAUGGACAAUACUGGGUGUAUCCAUGGGGGUACACGUCGACGUAUACUAAAGAUGUCAAAUAUUUGGACUUGGGAGCUUUUAUAGCAACAGAAGCCCUUAAACAAAAAUACAACACGGAUUAUACAGUGGGCUCUGUUUAUAACGCACUAUAUGCUGCUGAAGGUAUUUCUUUGGAUUAUGUCAAAGGACAAGCUGGGAUCAAAUAUACUUAUACUGUUGAACUGAGAGAUAAAGACAAGUAUGGUUUUCUCUUACCACAAAACCAGAUAACCCCAACUUGUGAGGAAAUGAUGGAUGGCAUUAUGGCUUUGGUCAGCUACAUCAAAGCAUCGGAAACAAAAUGAAUUUUGUAAUUCGGAAAAAAAAUAAUUAAAAACAUUUAUUUAUUA